AUGGAAAUUUUGAUUUUUCCAUCUUUGAUUCUAGCGCUGCUUAUUAAUCACAGUUUCACUAUUGUUGAGAUAUGUUGGACGUUUUCCAUUUAUCUUGAAUCUGUUGCAAUCAUGCCUCAGUUAUUCAUGUUAUCACGGACAGGUAGUGCUGAAACAAUUACUGCCCAUUAUCUUUUUGCUCUAGGAAUUUAUCGUGGUUUUUACAUUCUCAACUGGAUCUAUCGUUACUAUACUGAAAUGUUUUACGAUCCCAUAGCCAUCGUCGCAGGAGUAAUACAAACUGUGCUUUAUGCCGAUUUCUUCUAUCUGUAUUUCACACGAGUGAAUAAUCUUGAUAUUUCAGUUAUACGGCAACAAAAAAAUCUUGCUCUUCCCAUCUAA